UAUCAGCCAACUACAAAACAUCAUGAGACAACGUCACAUGGAGAGCUACUCUCGAACGACCGGCCUACCCAUAAAGGUAGUAGUGACGACUCGUCACUUACUUACCUAAGUGGCCAGUAGAUACUAAUAGAAAGAUAGGCUUGCGUGACGGGAAACGCAAGGCCUCCGGAGUGGAUACGGAACUGCACUUACUCGAAAUGAAUAGGAAGAGGCUCUUAACACAGCAAGAUUGGGUCGGUAUCGACCCAUCGAAGCCAGUCAGUCUGCAGUUCCGCUCAAGCAGAGAGAAGAGCAAGAUCGGCAAGCGCAGAAGAACGACAAGAGGACGCGGUGCAGUCCCAAGACGAAAGGACAAUGACGAAUUCGGAAAUGAAGACCAUAACUUUGAAGAUGACGCCUUUGCCCAAGUCCUUGGACAUAGUGUUCCACGCCAGCGUCUAGAUGAUAUUCGAAUCCGGAUUGGCACAGAUGCAAUGACAAACACUUACUCUACACAAUUGGAUCAAUGUGCGCAAUCGCAUGCUUCCUCCGAACCAAUGCUUUUCGACCAGGAGGAGCCUCUUGCACAGCUAUGCUCAGCGAAGCCAUCUGUCAACCUUGAGCUUCUUGCAGCAACUAGUGCUUUCGAGCAAGCUGAUGUUGCUUCCCGUGCGCCGUCGACCGGUGAGCAACCUCAGCACCAUGGCUUUGUUCGGCGCAGUGUAGCUAGUCCAUCUUCAGGUGCCUCUGAACAGAAGAGCUCCACGGGUAAUCCGCUUGAGCUGCAGUGUCAACCUGCGAUAAUAACUUCUCGUAUGAACGGGAGCUCUACGCAUGACUUCCGACUUACGCACUAUGCUUACGGCGAAGAGCGCGCAUUUCGUUUCGCCUUCAGCGGCUCCAACUCUACUGCAUGUGCCCGUGGUUGCACUGCAUCGGACGGCCACCAGAUCGGUGAGACAAAGCCUUUUAGCGAUCCAGACUCGGCAGUCGGUGUUGACGUUUCCGCUGCCCACACAAUCGUCGAUGAGGGUCCCUGGAAGACGUAUCUCGCAAUCUCCGAUCAUUCAAGCCACUCCGACACAUCCAUUCCAUCCAGAAGCAGCGUCCCGCAUUACCCCGCCAAGAGACACAAUAACGAAGCUGCAAUAGACUGGUCACAGCAUGCCACUCAAGGUCAGGGCAAUGAGAGUCGCAUUAGCUCGUCCUCCAUUUCCGCCUCUUUGCCCGCUUUGAAGAGAGGUGUAAGAAAACCAAUAUCGGCGCAUGCCUCCGACAUGGCCAUCAUUCGUCGGGACAGACCGGUCAACGCUGCUGUGCAGAGUCUGGAUGAAGACGAAAGGAACUGGCAAGCGUUUGUUUUCCAGAGCGACGAUAAGCAUCAAGGGAUGCAUGAUCAUGCACGCAAGACAUCCCCGCUGGUUCCAAAAUACUCGGAGAAUUCAUCCUCGAGGUGUCUGCCACUCUCUCGCGCUGUCAGCUCUGUUAGCCCUGCAACGCACGAGUCUAGACCUCGAAUUGCUUCUGGCACGGGCUACGACGCCUUGGAAUCCAGAGCUUUAACGCCAUCAACAUUUCGCAACGCCAAUUCAUUGGAACUUUGUGGAUUUGUUGAGGGAAUGACCGAGAAUAAGCAGGGCGAGAAGAUGUUGAGUCGCAAAGUGUUCGACGGGCAGUCCCAUGCAUCUCUACAGAACCACGCAUCUUCAGACAUAAUCUCCUCACGGGUCCUUAGUGCCACGACAACGUCCCGCAUCUUGGAGCAACAUGCCAGUGCCGUUGCACAUAAUCCAACAUCGUCGAACAGACGCAUAUUGUGCGGAAAUUCGCAAGGGUCUUCCUCUGGCUGCGAUAUCCUGACGAGCGAUGAUGGGACACUCCACCUCGUCGAUCCUAACAGACGUUGACAAGGUACAUGCUGGUUGGCCGUCUCAGUGCAGACGCGGGAUGCCUGAGGCUGAAAUUUGGUGGAAAGUUUCGGCUCUUCCUGUAACAUGGAUUCGCCAUUUCAUGCCUAUCGAUAUGGCAACGUAGUACCAUGG